GUCGUCGACCCUGUAACAGCUUGGGAGGAGACCGGCUACACCUGCGUGCUGCUCAGGCGCCAACGUUACUUCCAGAAGAAACAACAAUGUCCUUAUUCUUUUGCAUUUCUCUCACGUGCCUGUUUUACUCCUCGGCCACGCGCAACAACAGACCCGUCAUCGGAAUCCUGGCCCAGGAAAUCCGUGUGCCCAAACCCAACCAAACGACUUACGUCGCUGCCUCCUACGUCAAGUUCCUGGAGUCUGGAGGCGCGCGGGUGGUGCCCGUCAUGCUCGAUCAGACGCUGGAGGAGUAUAAGCGAGUGUUCAACUCCAUCAACGGGAUCCUUCUCCCGGGAGGAAGGGCCAGCAUCAUCUCGUCUCCGUUUCAAAGAGCUUCACAGAUCUUUUAUGAGCUCGCCGUUGAGGCCAACAACAGGGGCGACUACUUCCCCCUGUGGGGAACCUGUCUUGGCUUUGAGCAGCUGUUUUAUUUCACCAGUUUUAAGACGACGCUGUCUCGCACCAACACGACUGGUGUGGCGUUGCCCCUGAGCUUCACCAACGAAAGCAAAAGCAGCCGGCUGCUGAAAGAUUUCCCCGCUGAACUGCUGGACGCUCUGGCGUCCGAGCCGCUCACAGAACACUCGCACAAGUUUGGUUUGGCCCUGUCGACUCACGACACGAACGAGGAGCUGAAGAGGUUUUACAAAGUUAUCUCCACCAAUUGGGACGGAGCCACGGAGUUCGUGUCCACGUUCGAAGCGUACGAUUACCCGUUCUACGGCACGCAGUGGCACCCGGAAAAAAACGCGUACGAAUGGCGGAAGCCUUACGUUCCUCACUCGCCGUCGGCCGUCAGGACCACGUUCUUCAUGGCGGAGUUCUUCGUCAACGAAGCCAGGAAGAGCUUCCACAGGUUCAGGUCUGAGGAGGAAGAGCGGAGCGCGCUGAUAUACAACUACAGUCCCGUCCACAGCGGACCCAACGGCUUCUUUGAGCAGGUGCUGCUCGUGGUCCUCCUGACCGCGGCGGCUCGCGCCCAGUCCUUCCACCGCGGAAAAUGUCCCCGGCCGUCUGUCCAGCAGGAUUUCGAUGUCACGAAGUACAUGGGGACCUGGUAUGAAAUAGAGAAGCUCCCAGCCGCGUUCGAGAGAGGAACAUGUAACCAAGCGACCUACAGUCCUCUCGCCGAUGGGACGGUCAAAGUUCGCAACGCAGAGCUUCUGUCCAAUGGGAAGAGAAGUACAAUCGAGGGUGUUGCCAAAGUCAAAAACGCGUCACAACCGGCUAUAUUGGGCGUCGGCUUCUUUAAAGGCGUUCCAGAUGCCCCCUACUGGGUGCUCUCCACAGACUACCACUCGUACUCCCUGGUGUACUCCUGUACCAAGUACUUCCUCUUCCACGUGGACUACGCCUGGAUCCUGUCUCGCACUCGGGUGCUGGCUGAGGAUGUCAUCGGCCCGUUGCGUGAUCGGCUGGCCUCCGCCGGUGUGAACGCCAACCGCCUCACCGUCAGCAAUCAGACCGGAUGCGAUCGGACUGCAGCCAAGACGAACGAGCGACCCAUCAUUGGAGUGCUGGCUCAGGAGGUUUCUUCCCCCAAAACCAAUCGGACGGCCUACAUCGCUGCCUCCUACGUCAAGACGCUGGAGUCAGCGGGGGCGAGGGUGGUGCCCGUCAUGAUCAACCAGACGCCGCAGGAGUACGAGGCGCUGUUCGCCUCCAUUAACGGGAUCCUUUACCCGGGGGGCAGCGCCAACAUCCUGUCCUCCGGCUACCAACGGGCCGCAAAAAUAUUUUACGAACUCGCUCUGGAGGCGAACAAGCGAGGCGACUACUUCCCGGUGUGGGGAACCUGCCUCGGGUACGAGCAGCUGACCGUGCUGACCAGCGGAGAGGACUUACUGUCGCUCACCAACACCAGCGGCGUGCCGCUCCCUCUCAACUUCAUGGACGGAGCCAAAAGCAGCCGGAUGUUUGAAGGCUUCCCGGACGAGCUCAUGGAGGACCUGGCCUCCGAGCCGCUGACGGCCAACGUGCACAACUGGAGUGUGUCGCUGUCGACGCAUAAAACAAACGAGCAGCUGAACAGCUUUUACAAAGUUCUCUCCACGAAUACGGACGGAACGACGGAGUUUGUGUCAACGGUUGAAGCGUUCGACUACCCGAUUUACGGGACUCAGUGGCACCCGGAGAAGAACGCGUUCGAGUGGAGGCGGCCGUACGUUCCUCACUCUCCCUCGGCGGUCAGGAUCUCCUUCUACGCGGCUCAGUUCUUCGUCAACGAAGCCAGGAAGAACUUUCACAAGUUUGACUCGGAGGAGGAGGAGGGAAAAGCGCUGAUCUUCAACUACAGUCCCGUCUACGCGGCGCCCCGAAGCGUCUUCGAGCAAAUCUAUUAUUUCUGAUUGUAGAUGCUGGAUUUACAUAAAUAUCACAACAGGCGUUCUGACUCACGUGAUCCGCCUGCUACUGGACUUCAUGGGAAACGAGGUUACAACAUUGUGCUCCGACUGGUGAACAAACGACUCGUCAGACGUAACUUCCAAAAUGCUUUAUGCACAAAUAACACUCGACACAUAUUAUUUUUCUCUUAUUUAGAAUUAAAUGAUAUUUGAAUAACAUUUACACAUCAAGCUGACGAGACAUGGAUCUCAAUCACAAUAUGUAUAUGUCAUUUAUGCAAUCCAGUAAGGAACAUUCAAGAUGUCAAAAUGACCGAGCUGAGCUGUCAGUGCUGCAGGUGACGUGUGAACAUGCACUGAAACACAAAUGCUCAUUCAAAUCAGUAAAAGGAGCGACGACACAUGUGCCUCGAGAGUUCAUCUCAUCUGCCACGUUUGCAUUGCUUCCUUGAAAAAUGUUUCCCCCCUUAUAUACAAAUGUGUAACACUUAUCGUAAUGCCGUCUGCCUUCGUCCUUGAAUCAUGUGUUUAGUGACUUAAGUGACACGGCGCUUUUAUUAAACGCACACUUUCUUUUCCGUUUCCUCCA